AUGCAGACGUUUGAUCCCGCAACAGGCGAGCAGCUGCCCUCUGAGGCCAUUCAGCGUGUGCUUUUCAUCGCGCCGGCCGUGCAUGUCUACAAUAUCCCCCCUUUGGCCUCAAACAAGGGGUAUAUGGCCGCAAGUUGGACUGAGGAUCCCAAGCGUCACAUAUUCACCGCCAGACUGCGUGCCAUUGAGACGGCCGUUCCCCAGGCAGGCGGUGAGGACAAGGUCAAGACGGACAUAGUGCUCGAGGACUCAUCCACGGGCCAAUUGUUUGCCGCUGCUCCGUACACCUCGGCUGCCGUUGUGGAGCCAACGUUGGACAGCUCCCGGUUUUUUGCCGUCAGGGUCCAGGAUGGGGCGGGCAGGAAGGCUAUUCUGGGCGUCGGCUUUGAGGAGAGGAGCGAGUCUUUCGACUUUGGAGUGGCCUUGCAGGAAGCAAGAAAGGCAUUAGGACUGGACCAGGACCCGGCUGGCGGGCCACAUGGAAAGCGCGCCCCUGCCGAGACGAAGCCCGAGAUCAAGCGCGACUGGAGUUUGAAAGAAGGCGAGACCAUCACUGUCAAUCUUAAAGGCUCAAAAUUCGGAUCCAGGCCAAAAGAUGCCGAAACAAAGGCUGCUGAAAACGCGCCAUUAUCCUCAUUUUCGCUGGCGCCACCUCCGUCUGCUCCAUCAUCAUCCUCUUCAUCAUCUAUGAGUGGUGGCGGUGGUUUCUCUCUCCCACCGCCGCCUAGUGCUCCUCCUCGCUCACAUGCGAGGUCACCAAGCCACAGCGAGCAGCAGAAAAGGGCUGCUGCGGAUCUAGGCUUCGACGAUGGGCAGAACGGAGAAUUUGCCUAA